AUGGACCCAGAAAAGCAGAACAAUUUCCAUUCCGACGACACAACGCCCACGAGAGUGAGUCUGGAGGAUGACCGGCAUGGGCCUUCACACCGCGCGCUGCAAGACGAGAAGGAGAAUGAGAUGAAAGAUGGAGCCGAUUCCCAGACCGUUAGGUCGGGGGAGGAGGUAGACGAAGAAGCAGAGAGGGAGCUCGACCUAGAAACCGGUGUUGGUUCAAAGUCCGCAGAGGACAGAAAAGCCCCGGAUAAAGAUCCCAACCUGGUAGAAUGGGAUGGGCCAGACGACCCCGAGAAUCCGCAGAAUUUCUCUCGCUUGAGAAAAUGGGUGAUCACCAUGAUCCUGUCAACCAUGACCGUCUGGAUUACCUUCUCGAGUAGUGUUUUCAGUGAAGCGACGCUGGUCACUGCGGAGGAGUACCAUGUCUCGACCGAGGUGACGACCCUGGCCACAAGUCUUCCGGUUUUCGGCUUUGCUGUCGGGCCAUUGGUCUGGGGUCCGCUGUCUGAAUUGUAUGGUCGAAAGUUCCCGUUGUUCUUCGGAUACGCGGUUUUUGCGAUCUUCCAGAUUCCCGUCGCGGUGGCUCAGAACUUGCAAACGAUCAUGGUGCCCCGAUUUUUUAUCGGCUUUUUCGGCUGCGCCCCGCUGGCCAUUGUCGGGGGUGCCUUGGCGGAUAUCUGGGAUCCUGUCGACCGGGCGGUCGCUGUUGCGUGGUUCUCUGCAGCCACGUUUGGAGGCCCAACUUUUGGUCCCAUUUUGGGAGGCUUCAUUGUCCAAUCGUACCUGGGCUGGCGGUGGACGGCGUGGAUCACGCUCAUUGCGUCUUCAUUCUUUGGCGUGAUUGCUUUCUUUGUGGUCCCAGAAACAUACGCGCCUGUCCUCCUGCAGCGACGGGCUGCUCGUCUUCGGUUGGAAACUCGAAACUGGGCUCUUCAUUCGCGUCUGGAUGAGCACCGUCCGACGUUGAACGAUAUCGUUGUCCGAUACCUUUUGCGGCCGAUCCAGAUGCUCAUACUCGAACCGAUCCUGCUGUGCGUGAGCAUCUAUCUGGCUCUCAUCUACGGGAUUCUGUAUCUCACCUUCGAGGCCUAUCCGGUCUCGUUCCAGGAAGUCCGGGGUUGGACAAAUGCCGGGGUGGCGGCCCUUCCGUUCCUGGGGAUUCUGGUUGGGGUGGUUCUUGGCAGCCUCCUGAUCAUGGCGAUCACCAAGACGCGGUUUGCUCGGAAGCUGAAGAAGCACGGGCGGGUGGUGCCGGAGGAGCGUCUGCCGCCGAUGAUCAUUGCGUCGGUGCUGUUGCCAGCCGGGCUGUUCUGGUUCGGCUGGACGUCGAACCCGCACGUGUCGUGGGUGCCGCAGGUGAUCGCCGGCGUGCCGAUCGGGCUGGGGAUCCUGGUGAUUUUCAUGCAGGGGCUGAACUACAUCAUCGAUGUGUAUAUGAUGUUCGCCAACUCGGCGAUCGCGGCUAACACGCUGCUGCGCAGCGGGCUGGGGGGCGCAUUCCCGCUGUUUGCGGUGCAGAUGUACCACAAGCUGGGCGUCAACUGGGCGUCGAGUCUGUUGGGAUUCCUGACGGCGGCGAUGGUGCCGAUUCCGAUUUUGUUUUUCUUUUACGGGGCGAAGAUCCGGGCGAUGAGUCGAUAUAAGCCGAAGUUUUGA